AUGAAGCUGGACUCCGCAAUUGCCAGUCUGCUCGGCCUUGACCCUAACAACGCCACCGUCUCCUCUGCUGGCGGAGGCGGCAUGAGCUCAGCACGCACCAGCAAAAUAACAGCCAAGCUGGAAGAUGGGAAAACGAAGCAAUUCUUCAUGAAAUCGGGCAAAGGCAAAGAUGCUGACAUCAUGUUCACCGGCGAGCAUGCUUCCCUCAAUGCCAUGCACGACGUUGUGCCAACGUUAUGCCCCAAAUCUUACGGUCAUGGCAAGUUUGCUGAUAUGCCGAACACGUCUUUCCUGCUCACCGACUUCCUCGAACUUUCAUCUCGCUUCUCCGGAAAGUCGUCAUCUGGCAUGUCAUUAGCACAAAAGCUGGCCAAGCUUCACACCACGCCAGCUCCAGUGCCGGAGGGCUACGACAAGCCUCAAUUUGGAUUCCCAGCCACAACAUGUUGCGGCGACACACCGCAGGACAACACUUACGAAUCGUCCUGGGCAGACUUCUAUGCCAAUAGGCGUUUGCGCUUCAUCAUGGAGCAGUCCAGAAAAUCAAAUGGACCGGACAAGGAGCUCGAGCAGCUGAUCGAAAACACCUGUACCAACGUCAUUCCAAAACUCAUCGGUGACGACCAUCUGAAUGGAGGCAAGCGCAUCACACCGGUGGUUGUCCACGGCGAUCUAUGGUCUGGAAACGCGUCCACAGGAAAGCUUCCGGGAAUGUCAGAGCCUGAAGAACUGGUAUAUGAUUCAAGCGCCGUAUACGGACACUCGGAAUUUGAGCUUGGCAUCAUGAAGAUGUUUGGCGGCUUCGGCGCAUCGUUCUUGAAGGAAUAUCACGAGCUGGUGCCGAAGACAGAGCCUGUGGAAGAGUACGAGGAUCGAGUGAAGUUGUACGAGCUCUAUCAUCACCUGAAUCAUCAUGCUUUGUUUGGAGGCGGCUACAGAAGCGGCGCCGUGAGCAUCAUGAGAAGCUUGAUUGGGAAGUAUGGAGACAGGAGCGAGCUUUAG